GAAAGAGAGUAGCGGAGAGAGUGCAACGGGAAGAGAGACGCACACACACGACAGGAGCUGAAUCCUGGGAGAGAGGCAGAGGCAGAGAGGCAGCAGAACCCGGAGCACCAGUCAGACGCCAGUGCAAACACUUGAAGCCUGAAUCGUGAUCCUUGUGUGCUAGGGGUGCGUCUCCAGCUUGCGGCCAUCUAUCAGGAUGCCCUCACCAUGCCCGCUGGGCUCCGAGGCUCUCUGAAGCAGCCCCAGCGCGGCCGGUCGGGCUGCUGGGGGCUGGAGCGCUCCGGCUGAAGUUCAGCGGGGCGGCUGGGUGCUGGAGGGGGAGCGUGGGAAUCUGCACGUCGGGGAGGCGGCCCCGACUCAGCGCAGCCGGCCCUUCUUCGCAGGGAGCGGGGUGACCCGCGCCGCCUCACCAUUACUUCUCCGGGAAAAGAGGACCUGGUCGCUGUCGCCUCCCGGCUUUGGCAGAGGCGGAGGCGCGCCUGCCUGGCCGCCGUCGGCGUACUGCUGGCCAUGGCCCUGGUGUUGCUUAUUGCGGUGCCCCUGCUCCUGCUGCAGGCUGCACCCCCCAGUUCGGCUCACUACGAGAUGAUGGGAACUUGCCGCAUGAUAUGUGACCCCUACAGCGGGGGACCCGGGGGAGGGCCCGGGAGUCCAGGCGGCAAAGCGGCCCCAGGUCCCAGCACAGCUGCCCUGGAAGUCAUGCAGGACCUCAGCGCCAAUCCUCCUCCCCCCUUCAUCCAGGGACCCAAAGGAGAGCCCGGCCGGCCGGGGAAACCGGGACCCCGAGGUCCCCCUGGAGAGCCAGGACCUCCUGGACCAAGAGGACCCCCAGGAGAGAAAGGAGACUCAGGAAAACCCGGGAUGCCCGGGCUGCAGCUGGCGGCGGGAGGGGCAGGCGGGGGCAGCGUCGGGGCCAUUGGUGGUGGAGGAGUAGGAGGCGGUGGGGACGUCGGCGAGGUGACCGGGGCACUGAGCGCCGCGUUCAGUGGCCCCAAGAUAGCUUUCUACGUGGGCCUGAAGAGCCCGCAUGAGGGUUACGAAGUGCUCAAGUUCGACGACGUGGUCACCAACCUGGGCAACCAUUACGACCCAACUACGGGCAAGUUCAGCUGCCAAGUACGAGGGAUCUACUUCUUCACCUACCACAUCCUCAUGCGAGGCGGGGACGGUACCAGCAUGUGGGCAGACCUCUGCAAGAACGGGCAGGUCCGUGCCAGCGCCAUCGCCCAAGACGCGGACCAGAACUACGACUACGCUAGCAACAGCGUGGUGCUGCACCUGGACUCCGGGGACGAGGUCUACGUGAAGCUGGACGGGGGGAAGGCGCACGGUGGUAACAACAACAAGUACAGCACUUUCUCUGGCUUUCUUUUAUACCCCGAUUAGGGAGUGGGAGAGGGGAGCGGCGCACUCCACCCCCUCCUCCCUCCUCGGCCCGAGCUCGGGGUGCAGCUCUUUUCUGCAGGACCCUCUCACUUCAUGGCAACUCGUCACUUUUCAGUUGGGACAGACACCAAACCACAUCCUCCUCCACCUAGUCAGUCAGUCCCCACUCCCCUAGCCUGCCAUCCGUGUAUUUGUAAUCUCACUCGCUCGCUCUGCUGGGGCCCCCGACAGAGUUCUGGCUCAGGAUUCGCCCAUCGUCGCUGAGGGAGGGGGAGGGAGAGGAAGGGGACCGAGAUGGGGUGUAGGAUCCAAAGGUACCUACUACAUACUUACAGAA